AUGACGACGACGACAUCUACAACGAGCUCAACUACGUCUUCCACUGGAUCGACCACUUCCACGACGACCACAGGUAUCACACAAGUCCCACCAAAUUACACUUCGUUGGCUUCGACUGUUUAUGCCUCAACGGUGUCGAGCUCGUUGGGCACCGGGACAUUGUGCGCCGGUUCCAAUGUUGUUGCAACCAGUCAGGCGUCAUUCCCCAUCUACCCGGGCGCAUACAAUUACCAAAAGGUUGCGUUAUCCAACAACCCGACAGCCGUGUACGAGGUGGAAUGCUAUAUGAACGCCAACUCCGGCAGUCAAUAUCGGCCGCCUACCACAAACGUCUAUUCUCUCGAAUACUGUAUAGAUCUGUGCAAUCAGGUAGGGCCCGCGGCUUGCACUGUCGCAUAUUGGGCGGCAGGAGAGAAUACCUGCACACUUUACCCGACCUCCGCCAGCGGCGGUGGAUCGGCGCCGGGCGGUCUGACUCCCAACUCGAUGACUUUCAACAAGGUGCGGACAGCAAGGCUGCUUACCGCUGCGGCUCCGAACGUUGUGGACGCGACGUAUCUCCUGGGCCCUAGCCCACAAUACAACCUGGGUCUCUGCACCGGGCCUGGCUAUUAUGACAAGGCCUUCAUUGGAGUCUACCACCUAGACAACACCAUUCGGCCGGGGCGUGCAGAUCUGUGGUUCGUCAAUUGCUUCGGCAACACGUACUACUCGUCGGGGAUCGCCAGUAACCAGUUGACGCCGACGCAGAUGACCAGUGUGCAGACCACCGCAGGUGUCGGAGCCCCUGCAACGGCAGACGACUGUGCCCGGCUUUGCGCGUACGCCAACGUGGCCGCCGUCGACGCCGGCACGCUGAAUUGUCGAUUGUGGCACUGGCUCACCACCAACAGCUGUGUUCUGUUUAGCAGUCGAGGCACUCCGCCCACCACGCCGAACAACGACAACACCAUCGUCGCGUCGGGUUUGUAUCGCGGCAGCACCGGUGAAGAGUACACUCAGGUGGCCAGUUACAAGCGUUCGCUCCCUCCUGGAGUCGGGCCGAAACGUAGCCACGCAAGAGACGCAUUGGCCGACACUGACCAUCUGACGCCUGAUGUCAUCAUCCCCUUCUCCCGCGACUAA